ACCUCUAGAUCUAUGGUUUGAGGUAAUCAACCUCAAUUUAAUUUCGAAGUUGGAAAUUUGAAAUAUUUUUCAAAUUUUAGAAGAAUGCAGGAAUAUAACGAUAACAUUAUCGUAUAUCCCCCAAAUAAAGUUCUAGAGAGAACCUUUAAUUAUUCAGAAGUACCAACCGUACAUAAGUCUCUUAUGUUUAUUGAUUUUGAUCCCUUGAGAGACAAUGCCAUUCUCGGAUCAUCAAAUAUCAAUGGAACCCUAUGGGAAGGUACAACCUUUUUUUUUCGAAGCAAGCAAGACUUGGAAGAUUUAAAAUGGUCUGGUUACUAUGUAGGACCCACUGUAUCUGACGCAAAAUUUCUAGAUCAUGACCAAAUAGUCCUAGCAGAAGAAACUGGUGAUGUCCAAAUCUUGAAUAUUGAUUCGAAAUCAAGGAUUGAACCAUAUUUAUUUCAUCGUCAUUUCAGUAGAGUUCCACAAGUAGCAGUAUUGUCCAAAUCAUCGAAAUUCAUAACAUGCUCUGAAAAAACUAUAAUGUUAGUUGAUACUAGCAGUUCCAUAAAAUUGUUUUUUCCAGACUAUCACACAGAAUUAAUUUAUUCAAUAGACUCAUCAAAGGGAAAUGGAAAUUGUUUUGUUUCAUGUGGUGCUGAUAGAAAAGUUUUGAUUUGGGACAGACGGGAUAAUAAUCCAGCAUCAGUUCUCUAUACAAAUGAAUUUGCUGCACUGACUAGCGUAGCAUGGAAUCCAUCAAACGAUGAUUACAUAGUUUGUGGGACAGAGGGUGGUGCUGUAUACCUUGUGGACAAGAGAGAACCAAAUAGUUUUCUAGAUGUACAUCACUGUUUCGAAAAUAGAAUUCAUAGACUUUCUUUCAACCCAAAUUCUUCGCAGUUGGCAGUUUGUGGGGAUACAAAUGAAGUAAUUGUUUUUAAUAUGGAAGUAGGAGGCCUGUCCAAGGUUUAUAAAAACAAAGAACAAAAGGGUAUGGUCAGGGGAUUAUGUUGGAAUAAAGACGUAUUGUAUUCUUGUGGCUUUGGUACUAAGGUCUGUAAACAUAUUAUCUGACUAAAAACAAUGGAAGUUUGAUUUCUGUUCUCAUCUGAUCACCUAAUUUGAAAUUGAGCCAACUGAGUAAUAAUAAAUGUUUUAAAAAGUUAAA